CUGCUGGUGACAGUUCCUGGCAGCUGCUCGCUCUUCCGCCUCGGCUGAUAGUAGGGCUCGCCCGGGGCACUGCAAGGCGUGGCUGGCUUUGGGGUUCCGCAUGAUCUCCCGAUCCCUCUUCGUGUUGCUGGGGGCAGCCGUCCUGCUGCUGGGUGCGGGCACCGCAACCGCCACUUCCCACGUCCUGCGCUAUUUCUUCACCGGCGUGUCAGAACUGGGCCACGGCCUGCCCCGCUUUAUCAUUGUGGGCUACUUGGAUGAUCAGCAGUUUGUCCAGUACGAUAGCGAUUCCCGGAGGGACUUGCCACGGGGGUCCUGGAUUCAGAAGGUGGAGGAAGACGAUGCCCAGUAUUGGGACUGGCAAACUCAGCUUUCUCACAGCUGGGAACUCUACUUCCAACUGAGCCUCUGGAACCGCUUCAACCACACCCCAGGGUUUCACACCUGGCAAUGGAUGCAUGGUUGUGAGUUACGACAAGACGGACGUAAAGAAGGCAGUUCUCAGUUUGGCUAUGAUGGGACAGAUUUCCUCAGCCUGGAUAAACAGACCCUCACGUGGACAGCAGCCGACUGGCGGGCCCAGGUCACCAAGCGGAGGUGGGAGGCCGAUCAGGUCUGGACCCAAGGCCGGAAGAAUUUCCUGGAAGGAGACUGCAUUGAGUGGCUGCACAAAUACCUGAAUUACGGCAAGGAGUCCCUUCUCAGAAAAGAACCUCCCGUGGUGACAGUCACCCGGAAAGGGAGCUACGAAGGACUGGAGAUCCUCAUCUGUCGUCUGCAUGGCUUCUACCCCAAAGAGGUUGAUGUCACUUGGAGGAAAGGUGGGGAAAUCUUGGAGCAGGAGACGCUCCGGGGUGGGAUCACUCCCAAUUCAGACAGGACCUACCACACCUGGCUCAGCAUUGAGAUCGACCCCAAGGAGAGGGAGCACUACAAAUGUCACGUGGAGCAUGAUGGUCUUCUGAACCCCCAGGAUUUCUCCUGGGAGAAGCCAGUUUCAUCUGCAACAGGGAUCCUCGUGGGCAGUAUCCUAGGUGCUCUGGCUGCUUCUGUCUUGCUGGUAAUUGGGAUCCUGUUCUACACCAAAAAAUGGCGGAAGGGGUACCAAGCUGCAUCAAGUAAGCAAACACAGCCACUCUGAAAUGGAAAGCGUAUUCGUGGCACUCAAGGGUCGGGAAAUGAAAGUGAAAAUACUCAGGAAGUCCCUUGGCUCCAAAUUGGCCAAGAUGGCGGACAAAGCAUCACAAUGCAUACUGCUGUACCGGCAUCAAAUUGGGCACACAUUCAAAAAUUGGGAGUGGGGUGAAAGGUUACAUUGCAACACUCACUCUGCCAUAUUUUCAAAUUUUACCCCUACACACACACACACACACACACACACACACACACACACACACACACACAGUACCCUGAGUGGCAUUGGAUGUAGCCCACGCCCCCCAUGCACACCUCAAAGCAGCGAUCAGAAGAAAUAUUAACAAAUUGGUCCACGUUUUGAGAAGGACGUAAGGAUGACGAACGUCUGGAAAUGAGGAGGAAUCGUUAAAGUUAUCUGGAGAUGUUUGGCCUCCAGAAAAGAUGACCAAGGAGAAAUGGGAUACCAGUGUACAAAUCUUUGAAGGGGCAUCACCUAGAAGAAGGAAUGGGUUUAUUUCCUGUUGCCCCAAACGGGCAGGACCAGAAACAGUAGAUUAAAACUACCGGGAAGUAGGAUCUGGAUAAAAAUCAUAGGAAAUUCCUAAUUAUAAAAGCUGUCACUCAGUGGAACAGGCUGCCACAUGUUGUCAUAAAUCCUCCUUUGCCAGAGGUCUUUGAAGAGAGGUUGGAUGACCACCUUUAGAUCGCUCCAUGGCUCAGGACCAGGGUACUUACGAGACCGCCUUCUGCCACCAGUAGCCUCUCACCGACCAGUUCGCUCCCACAGAGAGGGGCUCCUCAGGGUGCCGUCGGCCAAACAAUGUCGACUGGCGGCCCCCAGGGGGAGAGCCUUCUCUGUGGGGGCACCUGCCAUCUGGAAUGAGCUCUCCCCGGAGAUACGGAGGAUCCAAGACUUACGCACCUUCCGCCGCGUCCUAAAAACGUUUUUAUUCCAACAGGCUGGUCUGGCCUAACUCUCCCUUUUAAAUUGGGUUUUAAAUGUUUUAUAUAAAUUGGAUGUUUUAAAUUUGUUUCUUGAGCCCAGAUUAUUUAAUCUAUUUUUAAUAGCUUUUAACUUUUGUAUGUUUUUUGUAUUUUUAUCUUGACUGUUCACCACCCUGAGUCCUCCGGGAGUAGGGUGGUAUACAAAUAUGAUAAAAUAAAAAAAAUAAAUAAAAA